CAAAAAAUUCGAAAUAAGAAAAAAGUUGAAAAGCUAAAUAAACAAACCAAGCCCCAUAUCCUCCAUUACUAGUACUUUUUUUUCUCUCUCUUUUUCUAUUUCCAAGACAAAUGAAAGAAAGCUGACUUCUCUAAUUUAUUAGUAUUACUUAUUCUUCAAAUUGAAACCAAGCUAGAAAAUAUACAAUUCUCUCCUAUCAAAAUCAUGGCUCGUACUAAUUGUCAAGUUCCUCAAGGACUUAAACAAGAAGAAUUCAUUGAGCUAGAGCCAUUGAUUCGAAACUACCAUACCUUUGAGCAUUUAUCAAACACUUGUACUUCACUCAUAACACAGCGAAUCGAAGCACCAGCAAACGUCGUCUGGCCGUUGGUCCGGCGCUUUGAUAACCCCCAGAAGUACAAGCAUUUCAUCAAGAGCUGCGAGAUGACAGGUGACGGUGGAGUGGGAAGCAUUAGAGAAGUAUCUGUUGUGUCUGGAAUCCCUGCAUCGACAAGCACAGAGCGACUAGAGAUACUAGACGAUGAGAAGCAUAUUCUGAGCUUUAGGGUGGUAGGAGGGGAGCAUAGGCUGAAUAAUUAUAAGUCCGUUACAUCGGUGAAUGAAUUUGAGAAAAAUGGAAAAACUUACACUAUAGUAUUGGAGUCAUAUAUUGUGGAUAUACCACAAGGGAAUACUGGGGAAGAUACCAAAAUGUUUACUGAUACAGUCGUCAAAUUGAACUUACAGAAGCUUGGCGUAGUCGCAAUGGCGGCUAUGCAUGGCCAUGAAUGAGCAUAGAUCUG